GCAAGUCAUGGUAUCCGGGAUCGGACAUCGAAAGGGAAGGCGAGGUUUCAAAGUCUAUUAGGGAAGCGGGCCCCUACUGGUAGUGAUACCCCGAUCUCAUGGAUGAAGGAUACAGAGUUGGAAGAGAAUGCCAGUAUAUCAGUUCAUCUUCAUCAAAGGCCAAGGGCCAAGAGAAGCUCAAUCGAAAAGAAAAAGACUUCUGCUAUUGAUUGA